AUGUCUCGCACGGAUCUCAAUGAAGGUUUUGCCGGCGUGGACGCAGAAUCAUUGCGAUCAUUCGCGUCGACUCUGCCGGACGACUAUCACGACUGGGUUUCUGAAUCGGGCCGAACAUCGCGAAAUGACCAAAUUCUCGAGGACUUCCCUCACCCGCCCAGUCGGGCUAAUAACCUCGACGCCAUUGAGGAGGAAGUUGCUUAUCCUACUCCUCAACCCUCGGUGAAAAAUAUGCGUCGCAAUGUUACUACCAACGAGCUGCCUCUAUUGCAGGAGAUGAACCCGUAUGAGAAUGCGGAGGAGUUUCACCCUGUGAAUGAGAAUGAAGAGGGCGUGUCCUAUGAUUUGAUCGCGCCGUUCGGUGGCGUCGACGCGCCUUUGCAUAAACUGGAGCGCCUUACAGAUGUAAUGUUUGGAACGGAGCAUAUGCUGCACAUCCUCUCUACACCGCGGUAUCUGGCUCGGUUUCGCGAGUUCCUGUACGACGAGAGGCCGCGUUCAAUUACUACUUUGACGUACUACCUUAAUGCUGCCAAGGCAUUGAAAGCGCUUCAAUAUGCUAAUGCACUGGUGCGCUUGUCCACCGAUGUGCCACCACCUGCUGUCCAAGUCAUCCAGACUGGCAAUGAUCCUGUCGGGAUCACUGUCAACAAAAUGCUUGAGGAAAGAGUUGAAGAUGGUCUCAGGGCAUUGACAGCUGAGGAGCUUCCUGCAUUCAUCACAUCGAGAUGUAUCACUAUUACAAGCAAGAUCGUGGAAGAGCGUGUUCGCGGCACUUUACCCUUCAAGUUUCGCGAUACAUCAAAUGCAUUGGCCGAGGUGUUUUGUUUGACUGAUCCUUCUCGACCGGAUAAUCCCAUCAUCUUUGCAUCCGAAGAAUUCCAUCGUACAACGCAAUAUGGCAUGGACUAUGUCCUAGGUCGUAACUGUCGUUUCCUUCAGGGUCCCAAGACAAACGCCAAUAGCGUACGCCGAAUCCGAGAAGCUCUCAAGGAAUGCCGUCACCAUUCCGAACUGUUUCUCAACUAUCGCCGAGACGGUUCACCAUUCAUGAAUCUCCUUCAAUGUUCACCCUUGUGCGACAGCCAAGGCCGAGUCAAGUACUUCAUCGGUGCCCAAAUCGACGUAUCAGGUCUAGCUCUCGACGGUGCGCACAUGGAAUCCUUAAUUGAGCUCCAAUCUCGAUAUCGAGACCCCGACGAAGAAAGCAUCGCCCAAAUGCCCGAAUCAAAGCAAAAAGAAGAGUUUCAAGAACUCUGCGAACUAUUCAGCCCCCGUGAGCUAGCGUCAGUUCAAGAAAACGGAGGCGAUCUCUUCCAACCAAUGACCGCACGAUCCAGCUCUCUCAACGGCCAUCGAACCCGGCUUCAGCGCGGAAAUUCCAUGGACAGCGAAGUUGAAGCUAUCCGACUACGAGAUCUCAAGUCGCCCGUGCUCAAGGGGGCAUUAGCAGGCGUCUAUGAGCACUACCUCCUUGUCCGCCCUUACCCAUCCCUUAAAAUCCUCUUCACAUCGCCUUCUCUCCAAAUCCCCGGCAUGCUGCAAUCUUCAUUCCUCUCCCGGAUUGGCAGCAACACUUCCGUGCGCGACGAACUCCUUCAAGCAAUGAUGGACGGCCGCGGUGUAACAGCACGGAUCAAGUGGGUGACGCGCUUCAGUGCCGAAGGCCGUAACCGUUGGGUUCACUGUACACCACUUUAUGCGAGUAAUGGACAGGUCGGUGUGUGGAUGGUUGUAAUUGUGGAUGAUGAUGAAGAGCAGAUAAUUCAUUGGCGGAACUAA